UGGGUCAAAGCAGUGCACUGAAAGAUGAAAGGCUCAUCUUGAUUCUGUUGAGACAAAAAGGAAUCGCUUCACUGGGUACCAAGAAGAGACAGACGCCUGAGACUCCUGCAGCCAUGCGUUCAUGCAGCCCUCCAGGCUCUGUAGUCUUCAUUCUCAUCAUUAGCAGGAUCAUCGAGGGCUCAAGCUCCAGCGCUGAAGAGGUGCUGCCUCCCACCAUUCAGAAACUGAUGAAGGGAUACAACAAGUACCUGAGGCCUUUCUUCGGCGAUGGCCCUGUUACUGUUGGAAUGAGUUUGGACAUCGCCAGCAUAGACACUAUAUCUGAGAUCAACAUGGACUACACGGCCACUAUCUUCCUGCGGCAGCGGUGGACAGAUGAGCGUCUGUGCUUCGAUGGCAAUAAGAGUCUAAGUUUGGACGGCAGGCUCGUGGAGCUCCUGUGGGUGCCUGACACAUUCAUUGUGGACUCCAAGAAAUCCUUCCUGCAUGACAUCACUGUGGAGAACAGACUGAUCAGGAUAUUCCCCAACGGAACCGUGCUCUACGCCCUCAGAAUCACAACCACAGUGGCCUGCAGUAUGGACCUUACUAAGUACCCCAUGGACAAACAAACCUGCACACUCCAGCUGGAGAGCUGGGGUUAUAAUGUGAAAGAUGUGGUGUUUUAUUGGACUCGGGGGAACCAGUCAGUUAGCGGACUUGAUACUCUACAGCUGGCCCAGUACACCCUGGAGGACUAUUAUACUUCAGAGUCUGAAGCCGUCUAUGAGACUGGUAACUACCCGAAGCUGAUCUUCCACUUCCAGUUGAGGCGAAGCAUCCUUUACUUCAUUCUAGAGACAUAUGUGCCAUCUAGUGCCCUGGUGGUUCUCUCCUGGGUCUCCUUUUGGAUCAGUCAGUCCUCUGUUCCUGCUCGCAUCUGUAUAGGGGUGACGACAGUCCUAACAAUGACCACCUUGAUGAUGGGGGCACGCACUUCUCUUCCCAACGCUAACUGCUUUAUCAAAGCAAUUGAUGUGUACCUGGGCAUCUGCUUCAGCUUCAUCUUUGGUGCCCUCAUUGAGUAUGCUGUUGCCCAUUUCUGCACUUUGCACCAGCCAAAUGCUGCCAAUGCAUAUAUGUAUGGGCAGGAGAUGCAGGAGCGUGAGGAUGAGAUGAAUGGGAUCGUUACCUCCAUUGGAAGCUCUGCGGCUCUGCGGGCGCGCAAGAGGGAGGAGAUGUUGUCCCGCGCAGGCAGCACCAGCAGCCCCUCUCCCAGUGACAAUAAAGAGGAGAAGCCCUCCUCCUCUCAGCCCCAGAGUGGCUGCGCCAAGUCCCUGUCAGUGGCACGGCGUGUUGUGUGCUUCCUGAACUGCUGCCAUGUGGAAAACCCACACUACAUCGACAACUACUCACGUCUGACCUUCCCCCUGUCAUUCAUCUUCAUUAACCUGCUCUACUGGACCUACUACCUGUACUUCUAGUGUGUGUAAGGGUGUGUAUAGGUAGCUUGUUGCUUGAGUGUGAUUGUGGCCAGUGGGGAUGAAUGCAUAUUGUUGCUGUCAGAACAAGACAGUUUAGUAACACUUUGUUACAAGGAUUUAUCAAGGUAUUCUUCUUUGUUUAGCAAGGAACCUAAUUGAUUUUUCUGUUGUGUGAAUAUAACUAAUAAUGGCAUUAUUAGUGUAAUAAAGCACAAUUAACACUUUAUUAGGACUUUAUGCAAAUUAUUGUGCAUGAAUUAUCAUCUAAAUUCAUCACGUUUUAGUGCAUAAUCGGCAGAUUUUGAUUACUGUCGACUCUAGAUAGUGUCAAGUGACUUCUGUAGUUAAUUUUUCUUGAGUUGAAAAAAACCCUCUAUUGCAUGAAUUAUUACAUGAUAAAAAUGUUUUGAUGUGUUUUUGUUAUUUAAAAUCACUUAAAUAAUGGAAAUUUUUGAAAAUAAAUAAUGCAUGUAUUUUUAAGGGGGGUAGUUGAUAAAUUGUUGCCAUAUGGCAACAAUGUGCAAUCGUGGAAAGCACCAUAUAAUCUAAAAAAAAAGCACCAUAAAAUCAAAUUUUUCUCUAAAAUCAUCCUUUUAUUGAAAACAAGACUGAACUUAUACUUAGUGAAAUGUACAACCCGAUAUUUACAAAUAUUAGAAAGCAAUGAAAUUUAACAAUAAUAACAAUAUAAUAAGAUUUCCUGGUCAUGUGAUGUCCUAAAGUAUUUGUCCCUUCAAAGUGAAAGACCCUUUUUCCACAAUUAAAUAGCAAAACAGAUUUUUUUUACUGCCUUUUGGUAAAAUUGAGAUGAAGUAAUUGUUGCCAUGUGGCAACACCGUGCAAUAGAGGGUUAAACUUCAUGAUGUGUUCUGUAUUCUGAAGUUUCAGUCAUUAUGAAUUAGCAGUGGCUAGAGCUAGAGCUGUGGUUUGGGCCAUAAAUGCCAAAAACGAGGAAAAAAAACCUCUAUGA